AUGAGCGUUGAAAAAUAUAUUGCUUAUAAAAAGCCUGACGAAGAUCGUGAAGAUUUUAAUCCUGAUGCUUCAACUAUCUCUACGACUAUGUCCAAUAAAAUUGGAGAACCUUCAACAAUACUCAAAAACAGUUGUAUAACUUCAUUGCAAAUUGAAGUAGAUAAUGAACCAGUUAUUUUAAAAGAAUCGAAUGAUUUAUCGGAAGAUUUUUUACAAGAAACACCUAAUUUAUUGGAUUGUGGAAAUUGGCCAAUUGUUCGAUCUAGCAACUUUGUGGACCAUUUAAUUAAACUUGGUCCUUUUCAAAUUGCAAAGGAAAAAUACCCUGAAGAUAGAAAUGGUCGACAUUUUUCUAGCAUUUAUUACAAUAGAAAGCUUGCGAAUGGAGAAACCUUUUGCCGUAGAUGGUUGGUUUAUUCAGAUUCUAAAAACUCCGUAUUUUGUUUUUGCUGUCUACUUUUUGAUAAUAAUUCAAAGUCAAACUUAGUCUCUGAUGGUUUCAAGAAAUGGAGACAUUUGACUGAAACAUUGGGAAUUCAUGAAAACAGCGUCUCUCAUAUGAAAUGUUAUCAACAGUGGGAAAAAGACAGUUUGCGAUGGCAAAAUGUUCUUCUUCGGCUGAUGAAUAUCACUCUUUACCUAGCUGAAAAUAAUAUGGCUUUUCGAGGGAGUUCGGAUAAACUGUUUACGCCUCAAAACGGCAAAUUCUUAGGACUAAUACAGAUGCUAGCAAAAUUUGAUCUUGUGAUGCAAAAGCAUUUAGCACUUGCAAUAAAAGGUGACACUUUAGACCAUUAUUGCGGGAAAAAUAUUCAAAAUGACUUAAUAGAUUUAAUGUCUCAAAAGGUUAAUGAUGAAAUAAUAAACCGAGUCUUAAAAGCCAUUUACUAUUCAAUCAUUGCUGAUUGUACACCUGAUAUUUCUAGAAAAGAACAACUUUCUCUUACUAUUCGAAUUGCUGACUUGUCAUUAGACAUUAGAGUGGAAAUUAAAGAGUACUUUUUAGGAUUCUUUUCUGUUUCUGAUUCUACAGGCUUAGGACUUACUGAGGUUUUAAUCGAGUUGCUAACUAAGCAUGGACUUGAAAUCUCUAACUGCAGAGGUCAAGGGUAUGAUAAUGGAUCAAAUAUGAAAGGAAAGAUUAAUGGUGUACAAAAAAGGAUUUUAAAUCUCAAUCCUUUAGCAUUAUAUGUUCCUUGCGGCAACCAUAGCUUAAAUUUGAAACUCUGUGACACGCGGUGGGAAGCAAAAAUAAGUAGUGUUAAAGCCGUUCGUUAUCAAGUUGGUGAUGUACAUGACGCUUUGAUAGCAUUGUCAGAAAUUGAAGGAUGUAAUCCUGAAACUGCACAUGAAGCGAUAACUCUAGAAGAGUAA